CUGCAAUCGCCUCUUAUGGGACUCGGGGAGGAAGAUGAGGCCGACCUUACAGAUUGGAACCUGCCUUUGGCUUUUAUGAAAAAAAGACAUUGUGAGAAAAUUGAAGGCUCCAAAUCUUUAGCGCAGAGCUGGAGGAUGAAGGAUCGGUUCCUGCUUGGGGAUGCUAAGCUUGGGUCUGUGAAUUGCCCUGACUGUCGCCUUCUUGGUACAGCUGCGGGGUGAAUGGAGAGUGUUGAAAAGGCAGCUGCGUGCAGAGAGGAGCCAGACCCUGACACAGGCUCCAGCCAGGAAAGGCAUUAAAUACCACCUUCGCUAAAUUACAAAUGAAGACGGUCAGUGUGGCCUUGGUCCUGUGCCUGAACGUGGGCGUGGAUCCUCCAGACGUGGUGAAGACCACGCCUUGUGCACGGCUUGAAUGCUGGAUUGAUCCUCUGUCUAUGGGUCCUCAGAAAGCUCUGGAAACCAUCGGUGCAAAUCUGCAGAAACAGUAUGAGAACUGGCAACCAAGGGCUCGGUACAAGCAGAGCCUCGAUCCCACUGUCGAUGAAGUAAAGAAGCUUUGUACAUCCCUGCGCCGGAACGCCAAGGAGGAGCGGGUCCUCUUCCACUAUAAUGGCCACGGGGUGCCCAGGCCCACGGUGAAUGGAGAAGUCUGGGUCUUCAACAAGAACUACACACAGUACAUCCCUCUGUCCAUAUAUGACCUGCAGACGUGGAUGGGUAGCCCAUCCAUCUUCGUCUACGACUGCUCCAAUGCUGGCCUCAUCGUGAAGUCCUUCAAGCAGUUUGCACUGCAGCGGGAGCAAGAGCUGGAGGUAGCUGCAAUUAACCCAAACCAUCCACUUGCCCAGAUGCCCUUGCCUCCGUCAAUGAAAAACUGCAUCCAGCUGGCAGCCUGUGAGGCACAUGAACUCCUGCCCAUGAUCCCUGACCUCCCAGCUGACCUGUUCACAUCCUGCCUCACCACCCCAAUCAAGAUUGCUCUGCGCUGGUUUUGCAUGCAGAAGUGUGUUAGUCUGGUGCCUGGAGUCACACUGGAUUUGAUAGAAAAGAUUCCUGGCCGGCUGAAUGACCGGAGAACCCCUCUGGGUGAGCUGAACUGGAUCUUCACAGCCAUCACAGACACCAUCGCCUGGAAUGUGCUCCCUCGGGAUCUCUUCCAAAAGCUCUUCCGACAGGACCUGCUGGUGGCAAGUUUGUUUAGAAAUUUUUUAUUGGCAGAAAGAAUCAUGAGGUCGUAUAACUGCACUCCAGUGAGCAGCCCACGACUCCCACCAACAUACAUGCAUGCCAUGUGGCAGGCCUGGGAUCUUGCCGUGGACAUUUGCCUGUCUCAGCUGCCAACCAUCAUCGAGGAGGGCACUGCCUUCAGGCACAGCCCGUUCUUUGCUGAGCAGCUGACAGCAUUCCAGGUGUGGCUCACGAUGGGCGUGGAAAACAGAAGCCCCCCAGAGCAGCUGCCCAUUGUCCUACAGGUGCUGCUAAGCCAGGUGCACCGGCUGAGGGCCUUGGACUUGUUGGGACGCUUUUUGGACUUGGGUCCCUGGGCGGUGAGCUUGGCCCUGUCGGUGGGCAUCUUCCCCUAUGUGCUGAAGCUGCUCCAGAGUUCAGCCCGAGAGCUGCGGCCGCUCCUGGUCUUCAUCUGGGCCAAAAUCCUCGCUGUGGACAGUUCGUGCCAGGCCGACCUCGUGAAGGACAACGGUCACAAGUACUUCCUCUCCGUCUUGGCAGACCCAUACAUGCCAGCUGAACAUAGGACCAUGACGGCCUUCAUUCUUGCUGUAAUCGUCAACAGCUACACAACAGGGCAAGAAGCCUGCCUGCAGGGGAACUUAAUCGCCAUCUGCCUGGAGCAACUCAGUGACCCACACCCCUUACUACGCCAGUGGGUGGCCAUUUGCCUGGGAAGGAUCUGGCAGAAUUUCGACUCUGCGAGGUGGUGUGGGGUGAGAGACAGCGCUCACGAGAAGCUCUACAGCCUCCUCUCCGACCCCAUCCCUGAGGUCCGAUGUGCGGCUGUGUUUGCCCUUGGCACCUUUGUGGGAAACUCUGCUGAGAGGACCGACCACUCUACCACCAUCGACCACAACGUGGCCAUGAUGCUGGCCCAGCUGAUCAAUGACGGGAGCCCCAUGGUCCGGAAGGAGCUGGUGGUGGCUCUGAGUCACCUUGUAGUUCAAUAUGAGAGCAAUUUCUGCACUGUGGCCCUGCAGUUCAUGGAAGAAGAAAAGAACUACCCCUUGCCUUCUCCCGCAGCCACAGAGGGGGGGAGCUUGACCCCAGUUCGAGACAGCCCGUGCACCCCCAGACUCCGUUCAGUGAGCUCAUAUGGGAAUAUCCGAGCCGUCACCACAGCUAGGAACCUGAACAAGUCCUUGCAGAAUCUGAGCUUGACGGAAGAGUCGGGCAGCUCAGUGGCCUUCUCCCCUGGGAACCUCAGCACCAGCAGUAGCGCCAGCAGCACCUUGGGAAGCCCUGAGAACGAGGAGUACAUCCUGUCCUUUGAGACCAUCGACAAGAUGCGGCGUGUGAGCUCCUACUCGGCGCUCAACUCCCUCAUAGGAGUUUCUUUUAAUAGUGUUUACACUCAAAUCUGGAGAGUCUUACUACAUCUAGCCGCUGAUCCCUAUCCAGAUGUUUCCGAUUUGGCCAUGAAAGUCCUCAACAGCAUCGCUUACAAGGCCACCGUGAAUGCCCGGCCCCAGCGAAUCCUCGACACAUCCUCUCUCACCCAGUCGGCCCCAGCCAGCCCAACUAACAAGGGCAUGCACAUCCACCAAGUGGGGGGCUCCCCGCCAGCAUCUAGCACCAGCAGCUGCAGCCUGACCAAUGACGUGGCCAAGCAGACUGUCAGCCGUGACCUCCCCUCCAGCCGCCCUGGUACUGCAGGCCCCACAGGGACACAGUACACCCCUCAUUCCCACCAGUUUCCUCGAACACGGAAGAUGUUCGACAAAGGCCCUGAUCAGACCACAGAUGAUGCAGACGAUGCAGCCGGACACAAAAGCUUCAUGUGUGCCACCAUACAGACUGGGUUCUGCGACUGGAGUGCCCGAUACUUCGCCCAGCCAGUCAUGAAGAUCCCUGAAGAGCAUGACCUGGAGAGUCAGAUCCGCAAGGAGCGUGAGUGGCGGUUCCUGAGGAACACUAGAGUCAGAAAGCAGGCCCAGCAGGUCAUUCAGAAGGGCAUCAGCAGACUGGAUGAUCAGAUCUUUCUGAACAGGAACCCUGGCGUCCCCUCUGUGGUCAAAUUCCACCCCUUCACACCAUGCAUAGCUGUCGCCGACAAGGACAGCAUCUGCUUUUGGGACUGGGAGAAAGGAGAGAAGCUGGACUACUUCCACAAUGGCAACCCUCGGUACACCAGGGUCACCGCCAUGGAGUACCUGAAUGGCCAGGACUGCUCCUUGCUGCUGACAGCCACAGACGAUGGUGCCAUCAGGGUCUGGAAAAAUUUUGCUGAUUUGGAAAAGAAUCCAGAGAUGGUUACUGCAUGGCAGGGGCUCUCAGACAUGCUGCCAACAACACGAGGAGCUGGCAUGGUGGUAGACUGGGAGCAAGAGACUGGCCUGCUCAUGAGCUCAGGAGACGUACGCAUCGUCCGAAUCUGGGAUACUGACCGUGAGACGAAAGUGCAGGACAUUCCCACGGGUGCCGACAGCUGUGUGACAAGUCUGUCCUGUGACUCCCACCGCUCGCUCAUUGUGGCUGGCCUGGGCGAUGGCUCCAUCCGGGUCUACGACAGGAGGAUGGCACUCAGUGAAUGCCGAGUCAUGACUUACCGGGAGCACACAGCCUGGGUGGUCAAGGCCUACCUGCAGAAGCACCCUGAGGGCCACAUCGUGAGUGUGAGUGUCAAUGGAGACGUGCGCUUCUUUGACCCUCGGAUGCCCGAGUCCGUGAACGUGAUGCAGAUCGUGAAGGGACUGACAGCCCUCGACAUCCAUCCCCAAGCAAACCUGAUCGCCUGUGGCUCCAUGAACCAGUUCACAGCCAUCUACAACGGAAACGGGGAGCUGAUCAACAACAUCAAGUACUACGAUGGGUUCAUGGGCCAGCGAGUCGGGGCCAUCAGCUGCUUGGCUUUCCACCCACACUGGCCUCACCUGGCAGUAGGAAGCAACGACUACUACAUCUCUGUGUAUUCGGUGGAGAAGCGUGUCAGAUAGCGGCACCCGGGGCUCCCGCCAGGCUGCAGCCACCCUCUGCUGUACAUAGUGAACCAAACCGCACUGCUUGGGUUGCAGUGCCCACCUACCUACCCGCCCUGCAAACCCUGGCCGACUGAGGAGGGAGCUCGCACUUCUUCCUGUCUGUCCUCACUGUAAUGUACAAGUCCAGAGCAGGGGAGGGUUUGACGCUGCUUCCUGUCAAGAACCAGCACCCAGGCCCCAAGGACCUCAGGAUGCGUCUCAGGGCAUCGUGGUCCUUCUGUCCUGCUUCCUUCUGAGGUUUUACAAAGGAUACAUUGGUUUUUCCAUGCAGUCAAAGCAUUAGUCGCAGGACAGGUGGAGCCCUGUAGAAAAGCUGCAUUGGGGCUCCUGAGAGCCAUGCCCAGCCCCACUGUCCUCUCAGCAGUGUGGACAGGAACCCCUCAGAGUAGGCUGGGCAAUGCUGGGAAAUGGAAGAAAGUGACUGAGGGAGGAGAGGGGAGGCCUCUCCUGCUACCCAGUGUGGAAGUCUGAACCUGGCCCUCCUAGGGCACUGAGGCAGCCCAACACACCCACCUCAUCACGGAGUACAUUAUGCUGGUGUGAGAAAGGGGCCCCCUCCUGCACAGCUAGCCUCCGAGGUCACAGGCAAGGGCUGUUGUGACUCUGCACAGAUGAGGCAGAUGUGUAGAAUUAGCUGUUGCCUGCACCUGAUGUGCUUCUCUCCUAUAGGGCAGUAGCCGUGGCCACAGCCGCACAACCUCCCCACCCAUGCCCAAGCUCAUGUGGGUGCCCUGGUCUUCCUGUCUGUGCGCGCUUAGGGUGCACACAUGUGCAGGCUCACAGUCUCCUCUGCAGGUGUCGUCCUGCUGACCCCACGCUCGUCACACACAGUCCAGAGGCUGCACUGGACCCCAGAGGCGUGUGAGCAGCAACAGCCCUGUCGAUGGUGUGGCUAAGGUUGCGCGAUGCAAUCUGUGAUGUGGAAGAGCUUCUCAGCAGUGUCCUGGUGUCAGCAUGUGUCUUUGUGCACACACAAGUGAGGGCCAUGGACAUUGCAGCCCUGGGUGGAGCACAGCACUGCUGAUGAGCUGCACACGAAUGGGCACGGCACAGUAAUGAUGUUUUUAAAAGCAUUUUCCGUUUUCCCUGGGAAUCAGGAUCUUUCAGAGGAGGACAAAGUGGCGUAAUCAGUUCUGCCAAUAGGAGUCCACUGUCCAGGCUGGAACAGUCAGGGCAGAGGCUGGGUCCCUGCGCUGUGCUCUGUUUUAGUCGAGAGCAUCGUCCAUGUGAAAGGACCUCUGCAGGCAGUGCUGGGCUGACCACAGGGCCAGGUGGGGCUGGACAACAGGACAGAAGGGGCUCCAGAGGAAGACAGCAGCCUGGAGUCGGGAAGGCCUUAGAACCACCCGACACAACCAGGAGCCCCCUGCCCAGUUCUGCAGAGCGCUCCAGUGGGGGACACGCCGGGACCUUCCAGCAGCUGAACUCCAAAUGUGAUCCAGCUCAGUCCCUGUCUAACUGGGGGUUCUGUCUUGGCAGCACGGGGCCUCCCUUCCCUGGUGGAGCUGCAGAGCUUGCAUCUUGCCCAGGGGCUGGGCCUUUGCUGGUCUGAUGGGAAAACUCAAUCAUGAAGCUAACCAAGGCUGGAGAGAGCACUGGCCUGGAGUUCAUUGUCUCUACUCAUUUCUCCAAAAGGAGAGCUGAAAGGACUGACCGGACAUGGAGCUGCAGUGAAGCUCAAAGCAGUGACAAGCAGCAAAGUGUUAAUAAAGAAUAAAGCCGCGAGAA